GCCAGCCACUAACUCUACAUAAAUAUCAUCCGUCAAAGCGCAAUUUGAGAGUUGACAGGCAUAGUACAAAGCAAAAACAAUGACAGGCAUUCGGCUCAUCUCCACCAGCACUGUUAAAGCCGCGAAUCCCAAGAACCAAUCUCCAAUCAUCGACUUAACCCCAUGGGAUCUUCAGUUCCUCCUGUCAGAUUACAUACAGAGGGGUGCUCUUUUCCAUAUUCCUCAGUUGAGCCAAGACCAAGAAUCUGAGGCCUUGUUGGUUCACUACGUUAAAUCCUCUCUGUCCAAGUGUCUGGACCACUUCCCACACUUGACGGGUCGCCUCGCCGCCGUCGAACACGAUGACAACACCACUUCCUUUUUCUCUGACUGCAACAAUGGCGGAGCUUUGUUCGCUCACGCCGUCGUUGAUGACGUGAGCACUAGGGAUAUCAUCGAGCCUGUUUAUGUUCCUUCCUUUGUCGACUCUUUUUUUCCGUUGCGUGGAGUUAAAAACUGCCAAGGUACUGUCGAACCGUUAGUCGCUGUUCAAGUGACGAAGGUCGUUGAUGGGGCUUUCAUCAGUAUCUCCAUCAAUCAUUCCGUCAUGGAUGGCGCAUCCUUUUUCCAUGCCUUCAGCUCCUGCUUGGAAAUCGUUAAUGGUUCCUCUAGUUUAUCCAAACCCCCGGUUUUCGAACGUUGUUUCCUUAAUAAUAAUACAACCGACGAUUUUCAUACCAUUCGUAUUCCAAAUUCUUACAUCAAGCAAAUUGCAAACGAGGCCGAUGAUGCUCCAUCAGGCGUGAAAGUGAGAGUUUUUCAUUUCAGCAAGGAGGUUAUCGCAAAGCUUAAAGAGAAAUCCAAUGCUGAGGUUGGCAUUAACGACGAGAUCUCCUCUCUUCAAGCUCUACUCUGUCACUUAUGGCGAUCCAUCGUUCGCAACAAGAAAAUUGACCCCGAUCAAGAAACCAGCUAUUGCUUGCUGAUCGAUGCUAGGAAACGGAUCCGGGGUCUGUCCAAAGCAUACUUUGGGAAUGCUUUGCAAAUCGAGACCGUAACUAUGAAAGUCAAGGAGCUGCUAGACAAUGGACUCGGCAACGCGGCGUGGCAAAUGAACAAGGUGGUGGCUUCCUGCAACGAGGAAAAGCUUAGGAAUUUCUUUGAAUGUUGGAAACGAUGUCCUAAGCUAACUAGAUUGAGCAAUCUAGCGCCAAAUAUCGCUGUGGUGACGAGCGGUUCACCUCGAUUCGGUAUCUAUGGGGGCAACACCGGAUUGGGAAGGCCGGUGGCAAUACUGAGCGGGCCGGGGAACAAGUUCGAUGGGAGGGCCACGAUGCAAUCUGGGAAGGAAGACGGAAGCAUUGACAUUGAAGUUUGCCUUCCAGUGGAGACAUUUGAAGCCAUGGAAAAGGAUGAGGAGUUUAUGAAUACUGUUAGCAUCAAAUCUUAAUUGAAGUCGUAACAAUUCAAGGGUGUUUCCCUCCAUCGAUCAUACAGGAUGAUAUUUUGGGGCAUGUUGUUUGUUAAGACGGGGGUGACGUAUAUGUGUUGGCUUAUGGAGUGUUUGGUUAUAAUGAUUUUCGGUUGUGUUCAAUGUUGGGAGAUUCAUGUUGCAUGACUUUAAUCUGCAGCAAACUAAUUCCCUACGAUCCUUUUGAUGAUUUUGUGUAAAAGUAUUCCUACUUUUUGGGGUUAAUAAAAAGAUUCGUCCUGUAAAACAUUAAUAAAA